AUGACGGAAUCUAAGAGGGGCAAGGACUCCAUCAGGCACAGUCGCCAGCUGGACUGCCUCAUUCAUUUACAUUAUUCGCCAACUUCUAUGGCAAAUGCUACCCCGGCAAAGGCUUGCUUUCCUUGCGAGAAGGCACUAUCCAUAUCCACUCUCCACUGCUCCCGGAAACGCGCCUCCAGGGUUGCGCGCGAGCGUUCGGAGAACCUCUCCCGAAGCUCGGGUUGGGGCCCCGCUCCCGGCCAACCCCCGGCGCGGCGGGCGCCGCCAGGGCGGGUCCGGGGAGCAGCGCGCCAGCGAAGCGGGCUCCGACCUUCCGACCUUCCCCGCAAGCCUGGGGGCUCCCGCCGGCGGCCAGAGUCCCCGCCUACCUGUUGUGCACGGGGGAAACCAGACUUUCCCGGAGCCCAAGAGGAAGGACGGAGGGCACGGCUACUCGGCCGUCCCCGCGCCGCAGUUCAGCCCCUCCUCGGCGGGCUCCGGCCCCUUCGGCCAGAUCGCCUAAUCCCUCGUCCCGUUCCUGCUCCCGGGGUCCCAGCUUCCUACACCGCUUCGCUGCCGCGACCACCCCGGGGACCCUCCAGCCGCUCAACUUACAGUGCAGGCCCCGGUGUGUGGUUCCUCCUAGCCGGCAAGCAGCACGGACACCGCCCCCUCGCGCCGGGAGCCGCCUCCACUGCGGCGAUUCCCGACUGCUCGCCCCCGGGGUCCGCCACGACCACGACUCAGCGACCGUCCCAGCCUCGCCACGUUAUCGGAUCCACAGCGCUGGGACUCGCAGGCGGUAGCGACUGCGAGGCAGCGGGGCGGGAGGGGCGCGCGCGGGGCGGGACGGAAAGCUCGGAGCCUGGAGUGCGGCGGGAGCCAGCGAUUGGGAACACGCCCCGCACCGCGCCGAGACCCCGCCAGCCGGCCGCCGAGCUAUCGAGCGCCCACACUGGCAGGCGUGACUGCUCCACCUCCGAAAGAGCGAUGGCGGAGACUGCGGCCUAG